AAAAAGCCCCGGGCUCGGUGCGGGCGCACAGAGCAGGCAGGGCGUGCAGCGGGGCGCCAGGGCCGGGCUGACCUCCCCCCAGAGACCCUCCCGGUGAGUGCCACCUCUGCUUUCAGGGCACCUGCUUCCCACACGCAGCCCCAGCGGAAAGGACGCCGAGUUACAAAUUGCCCUUUUGUUUUUGGGAAAGUUCGCUGUCGACCUCACCCACUUAGGAUCAAUUUUUUUCUGUUGCAGCGCAAGGUAGGUCUGAAGGAGACAACACAGGUAUUUCGCAUCGCCCUGGGGGCAUGCUGAGCUCCCACAGUUUCCCCAACCAAGCAGCUCUGUAUCCUGCAGCAGCCUCUAGAAGAACAUUUUGGAAACGGUGAUGGGGGACAAACCAGCAGCGAGCUGGCUGCUUCUUGCUAGCCAUGCUCACCAGUGCCUGGUGCACCUCGACAGCUGGUCUCGACAUGCCAAGGGAUUUUUGAGCAGACGUCCUGCAGCAGGUGGGGCCUACCAGGUCUGGUGCUGCCGGAAAGGAUGAGCCGUGCAGGGCUGCCUUGAGCCAUGCCUUUCCCCAAAAAUAGGUGGAAAGGGGUCUCUAAUUCUGGUUACUGAGCUGCCCCUCCUUGUCUCAAGGGGCUGUCUGCUGGCCGCCAACUUGCAGCAUGCAGGAGAAAAUCAAGUGCUCGCUAGAGCAUCUGAAAGCUCAUUAUACCUAAAACAGAAUUAUUGCUAUUAUUAAUAUAAUCCGUAGCAAGUGCAGCGACAACAAAACCCCAGCUUGAGGACUCUGCUGUGGUUAGCACGCUGUGCUUUCUGCUGCGAGGCUGACAUUGCGAUGCACUGCUUCUUGGAUGGUGCAAAGCCAGCUCAGUUUUUGGCUGCACCUGCAUUUACCGUGAUGAUCCCGUGUGUUACAAGGGGCUGGAACCAGAUGGGGAUGGGGACGGGGAAAAAAACCUUGUGGGGCUGUUGCCACCAGAGGUUUUGCCAUUCCACCCGUUAAUGCAGCACUGCCCAGCAUAGUUCAUAUAUCCAUGGCUACAGCUGGUCUUAAUUUCUCUGUCUUAGUAUUUAUGUAUAGGUGUUAUACAGAUGGUUUCUUUCGGUCUGCUUACAUAUUUUUACUUUCCCUGGUUGUCUGCUUUGAAAGGAGGAUAAAUAAAAACUAUUCUGAGUUUUGCGCACCAGAAAUUCAGCCGGUAUGUACAGGGCAUGGGUGGUGUUUUGAUAAGUCGGGUACUAAAUUUAUGUCUCUAUUUGACCCUCCAGGGACAAACAUAAUUCUACAUGUAGGUCUUGAUAGAAAAUGUAAAAAAAGCUACGAGCACAUGUUUAUGUCUAUUUUUAUUUCUUCAGUUUAUUUUAAGCAAGUGCUCUGCACUGAGAUUAAUGUUCUUUUAUUGCCAAGAACUCAUGCUGCAAACCUCACUCCUAGAUAAUUUGUAUUCAUUAAAGUUGCUCCACUGAGGCAAAAAAUGUAAGGUUUGGAUCUCAAUUUUUGCUUUCUGAAGACAAUCCUUUUUCAAUAGACGAAAACGACUGCUUUACAUUUGUUGGACCAAAUUACAAAACCCUGCAAACGUUCGCUGCGAACACCCCCUCCCAAGAGUACGGAAAAAGACAAAGGGCAAUUUGGACCAGAGAGCAACCCAAAAACCCACUUAAUGUCCCUAAGAGAAGCUGCUUGCUGCUUGCCGCAGUUAACACAGGUGAUUUUAGCAGGCACACAGGAGAAACUGAAGGGAAAACACACGAACGUGAGCAUUGGCUGUUUCCCCCUGGAAAAGUUGGGGCUCAGUGGUGGCUGUGUGACUGGGCUCUGCUUUUUGUGGUGGCAGCCUGGCUCCAACACAAAGCAAUCUGCAGCACAGAAAAAAAAUACCAGUUUUUCGUUGUUAUGGGGGCAUAAUGAGCUGUUGUGCAGGGCCCAACAUCGCGUCGCAGCUUGCAGAUAAGAGUUGCUGCAGGCAGAGUGCAGGGGAUGCCGUUAUCAGUCACUGCAGAGGAUGCAAAUAUUUUAACACUGCAAGCUGCCCCUGAAGGUGGGUACUUUUCUUUGUUAGUUGUUGUUAGACAAUUUGAGACAUGUUGCUUUUUCUCAUGAAGCUUUUGGAAGUUAUGGUGCUUUCAGAUGCCUUUCUUUUUUAAUGUGUGCAGUGGGGACUCUACAUCUUACUAAAAAUGAAAUCUCAGUGACUCUAGUAAGUCAAAGGAUGCAAUCAGCACAGCGGCAGAGAGGAGCCGAAGCCCUGAUUUAACCUAAAUGUAAUUUUUACUGCAUUAAGGAUCUUUUCUGACUCUCUAUUAGCAAAAUGGAAACAUCUCAGUAAUUCAAACCAGUGACAUCAAUUUCUGCUUGGUUUGCUCAUCUCCUGUCCAGACUCGUUUCAAAGAGUUACAAAGCUUCGGUUCAGAAAGCUAACCAUAAGUCCUGAUGAGGUUUUUAUAAAAACAAAAUAGUUGAGAUAAAAGAGUCACAGUUCUGUUUCGAAACAAAAUCAGGUAUUUUGCUCCUAUCUUUCCUCCCCAGGUUGUGGUGCCUCCUUCAAGACCAAGUUGAGAUUUGGCUGAAGAUGGCACUUGCAAGCAUAGUCACCCAACCUAGCAAGACCAGCCUGGAUUACUACAGGAACAGCACGGUGAUGUCCCUCUAUGGGAACCCCACCAAUGACACAGAGCUCAUGUGUGACAGGAGGCAGGUCUGGCAGUUUGCUCGAGCCUUCCUGCCUGUAUUUUUCUGGCUCAUCUUCUCUGUGGGAACAGUGGGAAACACCUUGGUCAUUCUCAUCUACUGCAAAUAUCGCUUCAGGAGGAGCACGAUGGACCGCUACCUGCUGCAUCUGGCCGUUGCAGAUCUGCUCCUCCUUUUUACCCUCCCUUUCUGGGCCAAGGCUGCCUCUGAUGGCUGGGUCUUUAGGAAUUUCUUGUGCAAAGUCGUCAACAGCAUGUACAAGAUCAACUUCUACGGCUGCAUCCUGUUCCUGACGUGCAUCAGUUUUGACAGGUACAUCACCAUUGUCCAGGCAACAAAAGCUAAAACUUCCAAGCGGAGGCGGCUCCUGCACAACAAACUCAUGUGCUUGGCCGUCUGGCUGAUGUCCAUCAGCCUGUGCAUCCCUGAGAUCAUGUACAGCCAAAGCAAGCAAGUCGGUGACGUGACUGUGUGCAAAAUGAUGUACCCACCAAACGUCAGCAUGGUCUUCAGGGUUGCUGUCCUGGCUCUGAAAGUCACGAUAGGCUUCUUCCUCCCAUUCCUGGUCAUGGUUAUUUGCUACACCCUGAUCAUCAACACCCUCCUCCAAGCUAAAAGAUGCCAAAAGCAGAAGUCACUGAAGAUCAUCACCAUGAUCAUCACCGCCUUUCUCCUCUCUCAGUUCCCAUACAACAUUGUUUUGCUGGUCAAGACCAUCAACACAUAUACCGGAGUGGUGUACAGCUGCUGGGCCACCAACGGGCUGGACAUUGGCCUGCAGGUCACCCAGAGCAUCGCCUUCCUCCACAGCUGCCUCAACCCCUUCCUCUACGUCUUUGCCGGUGAGCGCUUCAGGACAGCGCUGGCCAGGCUCGUGUGGAGGACCAGGGGCCAGGAGCAGUGCUCCUCCGUGUGUGACAGCCAGGAGCACAGCUCCAACUGGUCCUUUGCCAUGCUGGGGCGGCGGCGGGUGAGGAGCUCGCUCACCCUCAGCACCCAUUUGACCUCCUCCAUUGUUCCUGCUUCAUGCCAAGUCUUCGUGUAAGCCAGUACCGCCCGAGGGGUACCAAGCACGGCCUUUCGGACACUGUUCCUGCACCCCAAAGACUGCCUCGGAGGAGGGCUGAACCUCCUAGGUCCAUGCAAGCUGGUGCCAGCGGCAGCAAGGCCACCAAGGGCUCCUCAUGCACUUCAUGCUGUGCCUGGCCAGACCAGGCCUCACCGCGCAGCGAAGUGAAACCGUCAACGCCAUGCAGCAAAAUGGAGCCGGAUGUGCUGCGAGCAGAGGUGACAGAAGAUAAGAGCUACCUUUGAGACAGUCGAAGCACCCAGCUCACCUGUGGCUUGAACCACAGCCCAAAAUAGCAAGCCCCUCAGAGAACCACCAGCCCAGCAGCAGCAGCAGGCCCGGCUGGAGCAGGACGAGCCUUCUUCCUAGCCAUGACGAGCGGCAGGAGGGAGCCGAGCCCUCGCUGAAGACCAGCUCCACAUUAACUCGUUUGUCAGCCAUUGCUUGAUUUCAGCAUGUGGAGGCUGCUCCCUGCACACACAGACACAAUUCUGCUCUGUGGAACUGGCUGCUCUUGUUGCAAAGGAAAGCUGAUCUUCCAUGCUCCUUACAGAAUUAAAUCCUCCUGUAUUUUAGCUCUUUGAUGUAGGGUGAAAGUAGGCUCAAUUUAUUUGCUGCAGCUUGUAUUUCUCUGUAUUGGCAAGCCACAACUCGCAAUAAAAAUUCAAGGCCACUGGAUAUAUUGAGUUUUCUGUCCCUGAGAAAAAGAUUGCUAGCACCCAAACCCCAAACCCAUGACUCAACAACCUGCCUGUUAUGUGCUGGUACCUUUGCUAGGGUGACAAAAGACAUUUAACCCAGGACCAGUAAGACAGAGUCGUUAAGUCUCAAACCUACCGUUGAUGACAUUUUGGUUGAGAUACUGCUCUUUGGGCUGGUGUAGGCAAAGGUUUGUGCAGGCGGGUGCUGCAGCACACCCACCACUUUCUCUGGGGACUUUGGAUGAGCUGAGGAUGGCACCAGAGGGACACAAGUGUCCUGCUAGCCAUUGCAAUUCCCAUCCCUGGCACCCCUGAGCAUUAAUUGCUUGUUUUAAUCCUCAGGAGGCUUUCUUUUAAAUAAUCAAUUUUAAUCUGC